UUGGCACUCUCUGAGAAAUACGCUAUAAAACCGUUGAAGGAAUUCUGCGGUAACUAUUUGGCAUCCAAGAUAAACACAAAUAACCUCGGUGAAACCGCAGCAAUUGCUGAAAUGUACUCAUCCAUUCCACUCAUCAAGAGGUGUGCUCGUUAUCUGAGCGAGAAUCGUAUAUCGGUACUGCGUUCCAAAGGUUGGGAAGAGCUGAAGAAGCACAAUCCUGAACUGGCUAUCCGCCUUCUUGAACACUCAAUGUAG